AUGGGCGUCGAUCCCUGUCUCGACCAACACCAUCGCUUCGAAACCUCCUGGCUUCUGCCUCCUCUGGCCUUCGCUUUCCUCCGUGGCCUUGUCGCGUUCUACAUCUUCUUCACCAAUUUCUUCAUCUGGGGCUGGAACGGUACCCAUGGCUAUCGCGACGCCAUCGGCCAGAGCUUCAGCUACUUCACCUGGCUGACCUUCUGGGGUCUGGGCUUCUAUUACCUCGUCGCCUGUAUCCAUACCACUUGCUAUGCCCUGACCGGUCGCUCGGUUCUGCUGGGUCGCUGGUCUCGUGUCCUGCGUGCCCUCCAUUGCUUGUUCUAUGCCACCGUCACCACCUUCCCCUUUCUGGUUACUAUUGUCUUCUGGGCUAUCCUGUACAACGGUACCUGGUAUUCUGCUACUUUUAAUGGUUGGUCGAAUAUAUCCCAACAUGGUCUGAACUCGCUCUUCGCCCUCCUGGAAGUCAUCCUGCCAGCCACUGAUCCUCAUCCCCUCAUAACGCUUCUCUUCCUCGUUCUGAUCCUGCUACUCUACGUUUCGCUUGCCUACCUGACCCACCACACCCAGGGGUUCUACCCAUAUUCGUUCCUGAACCCCGGCGCUCACGGCGAGAAGAGCGGUCUCGUUGCCGGAUACAGUUUUGGGAUUUUCGCGGGCAUCCUGGUCAUCUUCGCCGUGUCAUGGGGCGCCAUUUGGUUGCGGAGGAGACUUACUGGCGGCAAGGUGAAACGCUCGACAUAUGAUACCGGUUACGUUGUCGAGAUGCAGGAGGUGAGCGUUUGA